AUGGAGAAUACAGUACAGUUACGCAACGUUCAAAAAAAUAAAAACGAUCCGAAUGGUAAUGAUGCGAAAUCACGCGGUUCACAGUUGAAUAAUUCAAAACCGCCUGAAGAAAAACCUCAAAACCAAGGUACAGAAUCCGGUCGGACAAAAAUCAGGAAAAAAAAAUCAAAAAUCAAUCAAAAGGAGGUCCAGGGUUCGGUGGAAGAAAAGACAAAAACAAAGGGUUCCGAUGUUGAUCUUAGCGCAAGUACUGUUAAGUGUAUUGAGAAGAAUAAAAUAUCGAAUAAAAUAAAUAAAUCAGAUCAGCCUGCCGCUAACAUUACUCCGUCACAAGACAAGGUGCGCAAAUCGGAUACGGGUCAAGUUCAGAAUCCAAAAAAUCGUUCGUCUAUCGUCAAAGCUACACGGCUUGACGUGCCAUCGGUGGUACCAGCAGCUGCAGCAAACGACGAGCAGGACGGGUCAGGUAAUUAUUCUACUAACGUGGAAACAGAAGUCGGUCCUGUGAUGGACACCGAGUGUACUCCGUUAUGUCCUGCCAGAAAAAUAGAGCCAGUGAAAACCCAAAAGCUGACAAGACAAUUGAAAAGAAUGCACAUCCGCAUACGACAAAUGAACGAAAAACUGAAAGCGGUAACGAAAAAACAAAAGAAAAUCGAAAGGCGAAUGAAAUCCUACGAAACGACCCAGAACGAUCCCGAGAUGAUUGUGUCUGAAGUGUGCCGACUUAUAGAACCCACCCUAAAGACAAUGGUGUAUAGAACAACCGACGAAGCGUACACGGAUUUCGAAACGACGUUUAUACAGAAAUUGACCGUGAUGCAAAACACGUUUACUGGAAUCGACUCGAAACACAUUUCCGAGAUGGUAUUUGCAUUUGUCUGCGAAUGUUCCACUAUUAAUUUGGAUAAUGAAACGUUAUCCACAACGUUGAGUCAGCCAUUGCCGAAAGUAUAUUCUAUGGGAGUGGUAUUAGACGAAUUAUUCAGAACUACAGUCGUUCCGAAAAUCAAACAAGCCUUCUGGUUUAUGUUUGAAAAAAUGCAAAAAGUGAUGGACGAUAUACGUUCAGAUUGCUCGCUUCAAGAUGACGAAGUGCACGUGAAGAGGUCAAAAUUUGUAAAUUAUGCUAAAAAGUUUUUGGAAGGAGGAAACUUUGUUGAAGCCUUGGAAAUGGCGUUGGUGACAAUUGAUUUGAAGUUGGUACUUUAUGUAUGCGAACAUAUUACAAUUCCCCCGCAAGAUCUGUUCCAAUUUGCUUCAAUACAAACACGCGUUUUAUUGCCAUUGAUGCAGCAGUUAUCUUGUGAUUUGAAAAUGAACACAGAAUUGAAGUACAAGUAUUUAGAAGCUGCUGUUAAAAAUUUUGACCCCAAGAAUUUCAGUUACAAGAAAAACCUCAAGUCAAUCCUAAACAAUAUAGAUAACGACAUAGAAUACUUUUUGAUUCAAGAGCCACGCAACCCGUAUUGUUGUAAGAUAGAAACGCUGCAACUAGAACUUAAGAAAAAAAUACAUUUACUAAAUUAG